AUGUCUGUGGCUGCCGGUUUCCCCAUUUCUCCCGCAGAUAUUUCGCACCCAUUGUAUUCGGAUCCUUCGUUCGCAUGCACAAUUGGGCAGUUGCUGGAUGAUGAGAAAAGCACUCUGGAAACGCUCACCGAGACGGAUCAUUCGGAUCGUGCAGCUACUGUUGCCCUACUGCGACUUGCUUGGGCCAUUUGUCUCCGGCGAACUGUACAUUUGAGACACGAACUAUCCCGUCGCGACCAAAAUCAAUUGACCCGUUCUCCCACUACCAGUCCUAUUCCCGGCCAGAUGGGGGGCAGCGGAACUGACAAUCGAAACGCAGUCGACGACAACAGUUACGGGGUUGAUGAAGAUGAAGAACUACAAGCAGCCAUAGCCAUUGAGUCCGGAGGACUUGAGUUUCUGCGGAAGCGGUUGAUGCAAGUAAAUGGCUUCGAUCGCGAGGUAAGAGAGAAAUUGUACUCCAUGUGUUUCAGUUCCUAG